CUCCUGACGGAACCACGGCAAGUGAACCAGAGAGAGAGAGAGAAAGAGAGAGACCGCGAGAGAGAGAGAGAGAGAGAGAGGAGGACCACCGCGGAGGACAACACUCUCAAAACAUCUUACAACUUUGUGCUUAAAGUCGGGACUUGAGAUAACUUGGAAUCGAUAUUACUAAGUGCUGAACAUAUUAGUGAUACUUAAGAAGAAGCAACUCUGGACUUGUUGAACUUUAAGAUGGAAAACACGAAGGUGCUGACGUCGUUGUUGGUGCUGACGCUGACAGGCCCGACGCUAGGCUACCCCUACACCAGGGGCGUGGCCUCCAGGAGCGGCGGAAGAGGCCGGGACCCACUGCUGGAGGCCGGCCUGGGAGACUACCUACUGGGGUACACGGAGGACCAGUACGCCCUACCAGAGUACCAGCCCAGCAAGAGGUACACCUACGGUGCCCCCCGCCCUAGGAUAAAUGCAGAGACUCUGGCCGCACUACUGCCCUUCCUGACUGCUGCUAGUGAUGAUUACACCUACGACUACAAUUCCUACAACGACGAUGAAGGGACGUGGUACGACAACACCGCCGGUGACGACAUUGCAGAUACAAUGACCGAGCAGGACUCCUCUCUCCUGCCUAUGCUCCUCGACCGGCGUGCCCUUAGUCCCCCUCCCGUCAGGUACUCCCUGGAAGAUUUGGAGACCCUGGAGCGGGAAGCUGCCAUGGAGGACAACACAGAAAAUCAGCUCCACGCUCUUAUGGCAACAAAGAACUUGAAGCGAGCCAACAUGCCGGUGUUGGGAGGUCGUGUUGCUCUCGGCCCAAGACUACUGAGGAAGGGGCAGAAAGAGGAAGCCUUCGACAUCCCAGCUACGUCCGUCAGACGACCCGUCUUCGCCCGCACCGUCACCAACCAGGAGGAGGAUCAGACCAACACACAAUCAAUCACCAAAUACAAUAAUAACAGCAACACUCAGAAACCUGAAGAGAUUGAAAAGGUAUUAAGCGCAAGCAGCACCAACACAGGCAGCAGCAGCAACACUGGCAGCAGCAGCAGCAACACUGACAGUAGCAGUAGCAGUAGCAGCUGCAGCAACAGCAGCAGUAGCAGCAGCAAAGGGGAGAAGGAUGUAGCGAGCGCGACCACAAUGACCCCCUACAUGCUGACCCGCUACGAAGCCUUCAAGAAAUACCUCGACAGGGAAAGAAAUAUUCGCCAGCUUGAGGACAUGCAGAAGGAGCUGAAUGAGGAGAAGCGGGCGCCCCACAAGCGGUUCGUCGCCGACCAGGAGUCCCUGCCACAACAGCUUGCUAAUCUGAAGAAGACAGUCGCCUAGAUCACGUACCUUAGCCCGG